AUCAUGGUUGAAUAUGAGGUGGCAACAAACACGACAGAAUGCAUGUGCUCAGACCUUCAGACAGAGGAUUACUCUCCGCUUUAUGCCAAGUGUAAUUUGGCGCUAAUCAUCUUCGCUCUACCUCCAUUAUCAUUUUUUGGAGUUUGUACGAAUAUCGCCAAUGUUUACGUGUACUCGCGCAAGAGGUAA